GCAGCACGGAGUUUGAGUACGUUGCUAGCGUAGAUCUAUGACUUCGCUCCAUCUUGUUGGGUAUUUCGAUCAGCGGGCGAGGCCGAGAGUCCUAUUUUCAUGUGUUGGGCAAAUCAGUGAAAUGAUUGAUUGCUUCAUAUGGGCUCGAGGGGAUUUUUUUUUUUCAUCAAUACAGAGAGUGAUGAACAUGACCGCUGUGUACGGCUACCGGCGCAAGCUGCGUCGUGUGCUCUCGGAGUGACAGUCCGCAAGCCAGAGAGAAGAGAGAAGGUUCUG